AUGGAGGCGUCGUCGUCGGCGGCGGCGGACAGCAUGGAGUCGUCGUUGGCCACGAGAGGUGUAGGGAUGGGACCGCAGGGGCUGACGAGGCGGCCGUCGCGGAACGCAGUGACGACGACGGUCCCGACGGAGGUGUUCUACGACGAGGUGGUGCCGCCGUCGCUCGCUGGGAUCGCCACCAUUCUCCGCGUCGCUAGCGAGAUCGAGCAAGAACGCCCUCGUGUCGCCUAUCUCUGUGGGUACCCUGUCCGAGGGCUAGCGUUCUUACUGGAUUUUUGGCUUCAUAAUUUCCGAAAUCUGGCUCAUUACAUUCUUUUUUUUGGGUUUGUCUUCGUCGUCUUCUUACGUGAAGGUCGUUACUAUGCGUUUGAGAAGGCCCACAGGCUCGAUCCGAACUCGAGCGGACGUGGAGUUCGGCAGUUCAAAACCAAUCUCCUCACAAGAUUAGAGCGGGAAAAUACGCAAAGUCUUGCUAAAAGGGUAAAAAGAACAGAUGCCAGAGAGAUUGAGAGCUUUUAUCAGCAAUACUAUGAAAAUUAUGUCAGAGCUCUGGAUAGAGGCGAACAAGGAGAUAGAGCUCAGCUUGGGAAAGCUUACCAGACCGCUGGGGUGCUCUUUGAAGUGCUCUGUGCAGUCAAUAAGAAUGAAAAAGUUGAAGAAGUGGCACCUGAGAUUAUUGCUUCUGCUAAAGAAGUUGAAGAAAAGAAGGAGAUCUAUAUGCCAUAUAACAUUCUUCCCCUUGAUGCUGCUGGUGCUUCACAGCCCAUCAUGCAAUUUGAGGAGAUCAAAGCAGCUGUGUCUGCUCUCAGGAGUACAAGAGGUUUGAGCUGGCCUGCUUCAUUUGAGCAGCAAGGGCAGAAACCGGGGGACUUAGAUCUUCUUGAUUGGUUGAGGGCGAUGUUUGGGUUUCAGCUGGAUGAUAGAGCUGUUGAUGCGGUCAUGAAUAAACUGUUUAAAAACUACAAAACAUGGUGCAGAUUUUUGGGGCACAAGCACACUUUAAGGCUCUGUCAAGGUCAACAAGAAGCACAACAGAGAAAGAUCCUAUACAUGGGUCUAUAUCUUCUUAUCUGGGGUGAAGCUGCUAAUGUUCGCUUUAUGCCAGAAUGUCUGUGUUAUAUUUUCCAUAAUAUGGCAUUUGAACUUCAUGGUCUCUUGGCUGGAAAUGUCAGCAUUGUCACAGGCGAAAACAUCAGACCUUCAUAUGGUGGGGAUGAUGAGGCAUUCUUGAAAAAGAUUAUCACCCCAUUGUACCAUGUGAUUGAUAAGGAAGCCAAGAAAAGCAGAAAUGGAAAAGCCACUCAUUCGGUUUGGUGCAACUAUGAUGAUCUAAAUGAAUACUUCUGGUCAGAUGAUUGCUUUUCGUUGGGUUGGCCCAUGCAAUUUGACAGUGAGUUUUUUGAACAAAGAUAUGACUCAAGAGGACAACAAUUUCGGAAAAAAUCUGAUAAAAGAACUGGUAAAAUAAAUUUUGUUGAGACUAGAACAUUUUGGCACAUCUUUCGAAGUUUUGAUCGUUUAUGGACCUUCCAUAUAUUAGCACUUCAGGCGAUGGUUACUAUUGCUUGGAGUGAUUCUUCACCUUUACAAAAGAAUACCCUACAUGCUAUAUGUAGCGUGUUUAUCACAGCAGCCUUUUUACAGCUUCUCCAGCGUGUUUUGGACCUUGUUUUGAACUUUCCAGGCUAUUGUAGAUGGAAAUUUUCUGAUGCACUGAGAAAUGUUCUCAAGAUACUACUUAGUCUUGCAUGGACCAUAGCCCUUCCUCUUUUAUAUAUUCAGUCCUGGCCAGAAAUCAGUAUUCCAGUGAAAUAUCUGGAUUGGUGGCUUCCUGAAGUGAAAGGCAUACAACCUUUAUAUGUCAUGGCUGUCAUGCUGUACAUGCUUCCAAAUAUGCUAGGAGGGAUUUUGUUUAUAUUUCCAAUGAUUCGAAGAUGGAUAGAAAAUUCAGAUUGGCAUAUCAUCAGGUUACUUCUAUGGUGGUCUCAGCGACGAAUUUAUAUUGGGCGGGGCAUGCAUGAAAGUCAAUUUGCCCUUUUCAAAUAUACUUUGUUCUGGAUGUUGCUUUUGGGUUCCAAAUUUGCAUUCAGUUAUUAUGUUCAGAUAAAACCUCUUGUCAAGCCAACAAAAGAUAUACUUAAUGUUCAUAAUGUUCAGUAUGCAUGGCAUGAAUUUUUUCCUAAUGCUCAGAAGAACAUUGGAGCUGUCAUCUCACUUUGGGCCCCUGUGAUCUUGGUUUAUUUUCUGGACACUCAAAUAUGGUAUGCAAUAUUCUCUACUUUGUAUGGUGGUGUUUCUGGAGCACUCGGGCGACUGGGUGAGAUACGGACAGUUGGCAUGCUAAGAUCACGAUUCCACUCUUUACCUGGUGCCUUCAAUGCAUAUUUGGUACCUUCCCAAAAGAUGCGAGACAAGAGAUUUUCAUUUUCGAAACGCUUUGCAGAGGUUUCACCAAGCAAGAGAACCGAGGCUGCAAAGUUUGCUCAGUUAUGGAAUGAAGUGAUAUGUAGUUUCCGCGAAGAAGACCUUAUUAGUGAUAGGGAACUGGAUCUGUUGCUGGUUCCUUAUAUGUCAGAUCCUAGCCUAGACAUAAUGCAGUGGCCACCUUUUUUGCUUGCUGGAAAGAUUUCAAUCGCAUUGGAUAUGGCAGACGAAUUUCGAUCAAGGGAUUCGGACCUCUGGAGACGUAUCUGUGCUGAUGAGUAUAUGAAAUGUGCUGUGCUUGAGUGUUAUGAGUCUCUGAAACUUGUCCUCGACCUUCUAAUAGUUGGUGAAAAUGAAAAAAGGAUCAUUGGUGUUAUUCUUAAGGAAAUUGAAGCUGACAUUUCAAGAAACACAUUUCUUACCAAUUUUAGGAUGGGCCCUUUACCGACACUAUGUAAAAAGUUUGUCAAGCUUGUAGAGGUCUUGAAAGAAGGUGAUGCAUCAAAGCAUGAUAUUGUGGUAAUAUUGCUCCAAGACAUGUUAGAAGUUGUUACGCGUGAUAUGAUGGUGAAUGAGAUUCGUGAGUUGGUUGACCUGGGCCAUGGUAAUAAAGAUACAUUCCCUCGAAGACAACUUUUUGCUGGCACGGGCUCAAAACCUGCUGUACUUUUUCCACCAGCAACACCACAAUGGGAAGAACAGAUAAAACGCCUGUACCUUCUAUUGACAGUAAAAGAGUCUGCUGUUGAUGUGCCUACAAACCUUGAGGCUCGCAGAAGAAUCACAUUCUUCACAAAUUCUUUGUUUAUGGACAUGCCACAUGCACCUUGGGUCCGCAAAAUGCUAUCAUUCAGGUUUGAUAAUCUAUAUUAUCUCAAUCGUUGUGGAAUUAGGGGAAUGAUGUACUACCGAAGAGCUUUGAAGCUACAGGCUUUUCUUGAUAUGGCUUCUGAAAGAGUCAUUUUAGAGGGAUAUAAAGCGGUUGCUGAUCCAGCAGUGGAAGAAAAGAAGAGUCAGAGGUCUUUAUCUGCUCAGCUUGAAGCUAUUGCAGACAUGAAAUUUACGUAUGUUGCCACCUGCCAAAAUUAUGGCAAUCAAAAACAGUCUGGGGAUCGCCGUGCAACAGACAUUCUAAACUUGAUGGUUAAUUAUCCUUCUUUACGUGUUGCAUAUAUUGAUGAGGUUGAAGAAAGAGAAGGUGGAAUGGUACAGAAAGCCUAUUAUUCAGUACUAGUAAAAGCUGUUGAUAAUCUUGACCAGGAAAUCUAUCGUAUUAAGUUGCCAGGAUCUGCAAAGAUUGGUGAAGGAAAGCCAGAAAAUCAGAACCAUGCUAUUAUCUUCACUCGAGGAGAGGCUCUUCAGACCAUUGAUAUGAACCAGGACAAUUACUUAGAAGAGGCUCUUAAAAUGCGUAACCUUUUGGAAGAAUUCAAUGAAGAUCAUGGAGUGCGUCAACCAACCAUUCUGGGUGUACGGGAGCAUAUUUUUACCGGAAGUGUGUCAUCCUUGGCAUGGUUUAUGUCAAAUCAAGAAACAACUUUCGUGACGAUUGGCCAAAGAGUCCUUGCAAACCCAUUGAAGGUUCGUUUUCAUUAUGGUCAUCCAGAUGUGUUUGAUAGGAUCUUCCACAUUACCAGGGGUGGCAUUAGCAAGGCAUCUCAAGGAAUAAACCUGAGUGAGGACAUUUUUGCUGGUUUCAACUCAAUGCUAAGGCGUGGUAAUGUCACCCACCACGAGUACAUUCAAGUUGGGAAAGGCCGCGAUGUAGGGCUUAAUCAAAUCUCACUAUUUGAAGCUAAAGUUGCCUGUGGUAACGGCGAGCAAGUACUUAGCAGAGAUAUCUAUCGUCUAGGCCAUCGUUUUGACUUUUUUCGUAUGCUGUCUUGUUACUUCACAACUGUGGGAUUUUACUUCAGCUCACUGAUGGUUGUCAUUAUAUUAUAUAUCUACUUGUAUGGAAAACUUUACCUAUCAUUGAGCGGAUUAGAAGAGGCAUUUCUGAAGCAAGCAAGGAUGAGAGGCAACAAAUCCCUUGAGGCAGCCAUGGCAUCUCAAUCCAUAGUUCAGUUAGGCUUAUUAAUGGCUUUACCAAUGGUAAUGGAGAUUGGACUAGAAAGAGGAUUCAGAACUGCCCUCGUUGACUUCAUUGUCAUGCAGCUUCAGCUUUGUGCAGUUUUCUUCACAUUCUCUCUUGGAACAAGGGCUCAUUAUUUUGGGAGAACAGUCUUGCAUGGCGGGGCAAAAUAUAGAGCAACCGGGCGAGGAUUUGUAGUCCGGCAUGAAAAGUUUGCAGAGAAUUACAGGAUGUAUUCGAGAAGUCACUUUGUGAAAGGGCUGGAGCUGAUGAUACUGCUGAUAGUUUACAAGUUGUAUGGGAAAGUGGCAAAUGGCACAAUUACCUAUAUGCUAAUCACGUCAUCAAUGUGGUUCCUUGUGGUAAGUUGGUUGUUUGCACCAUUCAUUUUCAACCCAUCUGGUUUUGAGUGGCAGAAGAUAGUGGAAGACUGGGAUGAUUGGACCAAGUGGAUAGGGAGCAGGGGUGGCGUUGGUGUACCAGCAAAUAAAAGCUGGGAGUCCUGGUGGGUUGAAGAACAAGAGCACUUGCAAUACACAGGAUUCUUGGGACGAUUUUGGGAGAUUAUUCUUUCUAUGCGCUUCUUCCUUUUCCAGUAUGGGAUUGUCUAUCACCUGAACGUGACCAAUGGCAACAAAAGCAUUCUAGUGUAUGCCCUGUCCUGGUCGGUGAUAGGUGCAGUGAUGAUUAUACUCAAGAUGGAGUCCGUGGGCAGGAAGAAGUUCAGUGCAGACUUCCAACUUCUGUUCCGGUUGCUCAAGCUAUUCCUGUUUGCUGGGUUUACUGGCGCAGUAUUCAUCCUCUUUGCUGUUCUUAAUCUGACGGUGGGUGACAUUUCCACCAGCGUCCUUGCCUUCAUGCCAACGGGAUGGGCCGUGCUUCAGAUAUCACAAGCAUGCAAGCCGAUUAUAAAGACACUUGGGCUAUGGGGCUCAGUCAAACCAUUUGCUAGGGCAUACGAUUACGUGAUGGGUCUUGUGAUCUUUGCACCAGUGGCUGUGUUGGCAUGGUUCCCAUUUGUUUCGGAGUUCCAAACAAGGCUGCUAUUCAAUCAAGCAUUCAGCCGAGGCUUGCAGAUUUCACGCAUUUUGUCUGGUGGGAAGAAACAUUACUAACCAGAAAGAAGCCUGAGAGGAAAGAUGAACAAGGCCGAGAGGAACUUGGCGGCUUCAAGAGGAAAGACGGAGGUGGGGCGACACAAGUUUAUAUUGAGAGAUUUCUCUGCUGCGCACUGUGCUUUGUGGUUUGCCUUUGUGCUUGCCCUACUAAUAUGAGUCGUAGGUGUAAACCGUGCAUGUUACCGCUGGCAUCUCGAUUCAUCAAUGCUCGAGCUUAUCUGCGAGUAAACCUGCUGACCUGUUUGCCUUUACUCAUCUGUUUAGAAUUUGGGCCACUGCAACUGACUCCGAUCGAUAUGCUGCCAUGACUUCCUUUAUACUCCGGUUUCUUUUCCCAAUAAGGCCUAUAUGGAUGGUUGGGCUCAAAAACCUAUGGAGUUCGUGAGUUUCAUCAGUACAACCGCGAAAAAUAUGGAAUUGUGGGCUGGAUUUACAGCACAUGAUGUACAUUGCGUAAUUUCUCCUGUACUCUAUAAUACGAUGCAUCAGCUGAAAAUUUUUUAUGAUAUUUUUUGAUAUUCUCUAA